UUAUUUAUAAUAAAUAGCAUUCAAAAUAUUAGUAUGGUAGUUGGAAGAGGAUACAGAAUGUGUUUAAAUUACCUAGUAAAGUAUUAACACAGAUACAAGAGAGUAUUAUCUAUCUACUUAUUAUUAUGGGAAACAUUAUUAGUUCUUAGAGGUUCUUGGUUUAAGCUGUUAGGGAAAGAGGUUUUUGAGAGUUGGGAAGUGGGAACACUGUUCGAAUUUAUUUAUUUUUACAUACUGGCAAGUGGCAAAUCACAUAAGUGUCAAGGUGACGGUAUUUCAAAGUUUCAAAUGUCAUUUUUAUUUACAAAACAUUGCUUUUGGAUAUUGCAGCAUAACAAUUUCAAAGAGUUUGAAUACAAAAUUACCUCAAUUAAUUGUUUUCAUAUGUUUAAGUGUGCUAAAAUUUACUAAUGUAUUCAAGAAUGUUCUUAUUAUGACUACUUUUCAAAGUUUGACCACAUCGCAGAAAGCGCGGGCUGCAUUACAUCGCGAUGUUCGCGCCAUUUGUACGGAAGCUUGUCAUUUUCUUGGAAUGGAAAUCACCAAACCAGCGAUGGAAAUAAUUGCUGAACUUGUAUACAAGAAACUUGAAGUAUAUGGGACUGAUUUGGAAGCCUUUGCUAAACACGCAAAGCGCGCAACUGUUAACUCGGACGACGUAAAGUUGUUAGUGAGAAGAAACCCUUCAUUGAAGACGCAUCUGAAUGGGAUAUCUUGCAACUCAGCCACAAAAGAGAAAAGACGGAAAACAAUACCAAUGGUUGCAAAACCGGACACUAAGACUAACAAAGAGGAUCAAAACAAGGAAGGGGAGGGAUUGGAAGAAAUGGCUGUUGAUCAAACGAUUGAUUUAACUUUUGAUUAAAUUAUGACUUAAUAA